UCUGGCGUCAAAAACAGGAAGCAGCUGAUCCUCCUGACUUCACUGCCUACUCCAACCAAGUAAUGUAUACACCGUUUCAUCCCGAACAAAGACAAUCUAAAGUGUAGCUUUGAUAGCCGCUCGACCCUCUCGGGCCGAAGGAGAGGAAGAGGAGGGCUGCUGCACACGCUCUCGAGUCAUCUGACCUGCAGCUCUACAUCGUGUUUGCUGAGGGGGAUGUCAAGCACAGCCAUGAAGAAAAAGGUGCUACUGAUGGGAAAAAGUGGGUCUGGAAAGACCAGUAUGAGGUCAAUCAUCUUUGCCAAUUACAUAGCUCGAGACACACGUCGCCUUGGAGCUACAAUUGACGUGGAGCACUCCCAUGUGCGCUUUCUUGGCAAUCUGGUUCUUAAUUUGUGGGACUGUGGAGGACAGGACACGUUCAUGGAGAACUACUUCACCAGCCAGAGGGACAACAUUUUUAGAAAUGUCGAGGUUCUUAUUUAUGUGUUUGACGUUGAGAGCCGAGAGUUGGAGAAAGACAUGCACUACUACCAGUCGUGUCUGGAAGCCAUCCUGCAGAACUCCCCCGAUGCCAAAGUGUUCUGCCUGGUGCACAAAAUGGAUCUGGUUCAGGAAGACCAGAGAGAUUUGAUCUUUAAGGAGCGGGAAGAAGACCUGAAGCGACUGUCCAGGCCUUUGGCCUGCACGUGCUUUCGAACAUCAAUCUGGGAUGAAACCCUGUAUAAGGCCUGGUCCAGCAUUGUGUAUCAGCUCAUACCGAACGUCCAGCAGCUGGAGACAAACCUGAGGAACUUUGCACAGAUCAUAGAGGCAGACGAAGUGCUUCUGUUUGAGAGAGCCACCUUUCUGGUGAUCUCUCACUAUCAGUGCAAAGAGCAGCGUGACGCUCACAGGUUUGAAAAGAUCAGUAACAUUAUCAAGCAGUUCAAGCUCAGCUGUAGUAAACUGGCAGCCUCUUUCCAGAGCAUGGAAGUGAGGAAUUCGAACUUUGCAGCCUUCAUUGAUGUCUUCACCUCCAACACAUACGUCAUGGUCAUCAUGUCGGACCCCUCCAUCCCAUCUGCCGCCACUCUCAUCAAUAUCCGUAAUGCUAGGAAACACUUUGAGAAGUUGGAGCGGGUGGAUGGACCCAAGCACAGCCUGCACAUGCGAAUGCGCUAGAGUCUGUGUUUGUCCCCGAGGAUCCUCUCAGCCAAUCAGUGCACAGACCGCACACAGCAUGUUGCGGCAUCCCAGCUCUAGUAUACACGAGCGGCCCCGCACAGUCUCCUCUGUAUCUUCACAUCAAUCACAUGUAUUUAGGGAAGAAAUCAUAGUUAGUCCUGUUCUGAUUUCUACAGUGAUUCCAAGCACCACGAAAUGUUCUAAGAUUCGUCCAAACCUGACAUUAAGGAAAGCUAAAUAGUCGUGUUUACUACGGGGAGGGCUGCGUUUUGCUGUCACUUUGUCAUACACCGGUUCAUUUACUCCUUGCGGUGAAACUCACUCAUUUGGAGGUGUUGUCUCCAUGUGAUGAGCUGAAGAUACUGUUUGAUUUUUAAAUGCAGUUUGUAAGCUGUUUCAAACAAUAUAGUUAUAUUCGGAAAUAAAUAUGGUGUAGUUUUUGUUUU